UUUAAAUUUGUGUUUGUAAAUCUGAAAGUAGAUGAAUAUAUGUACAUAUUAAUAUGGUAUUUCUGCGAAGUUAAGUUUGAGUAGUAUUUUAUUUCAGGUUACCUUUGGAGAAAGUUUAUACCUGUAAAUUACUUUAAAUUCUUUGAAAUUCUCAUUUAAUUAUGUGAUUUUACAAGGUCUAUCAUAAUGAUAUAAAUCGGGAAUUUGUAAUAGCAGUGAUUGGUUCUAAAGGUUCUAAUUUGAUACACAGCAAUUAUCGAAAUGGUGAGAAGAUAAUACAUAAGCAGGGUGGGAUGGCCCCAGUGCUCCGUCACUGUCCUUGCCUCCGUCCUGAGAACGAUGAUGUUCGAUUACUAGAUUACAGUCAUUCCAAUCUUGAAGAUGUGCCAAAUGAGGUGUUCGGUUUUGAAAGAACAUUAGAAGAGCUGUUUCUAGAUGCCAAUCAAAUUAAAGAUCUUCCAAGGCCUUUAUUCCACUGCCAUGGCCUAAAAAAAUUAAACUUAAGUGACAACGAGAUUCAAACUCUUCCUCCAGCUAUUGCAUCAUUGAUUAAUUUAGAACAGCUGGAUAUUAGCAAAAAUGGUGUUUUAGAAAUUCCAGAAAAUAUAAAAGGAUGCAAGUGCCUUACAGUUGUUGAUGCUAGUGUAAAUCCUUUAGGAAAGCUUCCUGAAGGAUUCACAUAUCUCAUCAAUCUACAAGAACUUUAUCUAAAUGAUACAUUUUUGGAAUAUCUCCCAGCAAAUUUUGGAAGGUUAUCCCGCCUAAAAAUUCUUGAAUUAAGAGAAAACCACCUAAAGCUUCUUCCAAAAUCCAUGGCAAGACUUACUGAGCUCAGUAGGUUAGAUAUUGGACAAAAUGAUUUUUCAGACUUGCCAGAAGUUAUUGGAAACUUACCUAGAUUGGUUGAAUUAUGGUGUGAUAAUAAUAAUUUAAAUUGUCUUCCACCGUUUUUGGGAGGUCUUAAGAAGUUAGCUUACUUAGAUGCAAGUAAAAACAAAAUUUAUGAAGUAGCAGAUGAAAUUGAAGGAUGCAUUAACCUCUGUGAUCUGACAUUGUCAUCAAAUCGUAUCAAAGUACUUCCUGACGGUAUAGCUAAUCUAAAGAAACUGUCUGUUUUGAGAGUAGAUGAAAAUCGUCUGAUUUCAGUGCCUGAAAAUAUUGGAAACAUAGCUAAUCUGGAAGAAUUAGUAUUGAGUUCAAAUAAUCUAAAAACUUUACCUGCUAGUCUUGGAUUAUUAAGAAACUUAAGGACAUUGAUUGCUGAUGAUAAUCUUUUGGAAGAACUUCCUUAUGAAAUGGGAAGCUGCAUGAAACUUACAAUAUUAUCUUUGCGGGAUAAUAAACUGGUACAAGUACCUGAUGAGCUUGGACAUAUCACUGCAUUAAAAGUUAUCAAUUUAAGUGGUAAUCUUUUGCAGUAUUUGCCAUUCAGCAUUGCUAAGCUUCCUAACUUGCAAGCAUUGUGGCUUUCAGAAAACCAGAAUAAACCUUUAAUUCCUCUUCAAUCAGAUACUGACAGAGCUACUGGUCAGAAGGUGCUAACUUGUUUCAUGUUACCUCAAGUACCUUUGGAAGAAGAAGUCUAUGAAUCAGGCAACUUUGAAGUUGAUGUUCCUGAUGCUGGAAAAGGCAAACACAUAAUCAAGUUUGCUUUUGAUGCAGAAAAAGACCAACCUAGUAAACUUGUAAGAGCUCCCACUCCAUACCCUAAAGAGCUAAAAGCUCAUGCUCGCCAUGCAAGGAAUUAUGCACUGAAAAAGCAAGGCUCUAAGGAUUCUGAAGGAAAUGAAACAACGGGUCAAAACCCAAGCCAUGAGAAAUCUAAUGGGCUGAAUGCUAUUGGUGCUACUCCUGAUAUUAUGAUUUUACCUACUGGUCCAUCUGAAGAACCUAAAGCUCAAGUAAAAGAAGCAGUUGUUUCAAAUCCAAAAUCCCCACUUUCAUCACCACCCAAACAUGAAAGGCAUUAUAUUCAAAAUACAAAGGAUCAGUCAUCUCAAGAAAUGAUGGAAAUGAAACCCCAUACAUUUUUAGAACAAAAUCCUUUGCAGGUUAGUCAUCAUCAAAAUAAUGAAGUUCAUAAUCCUGAGGUUCCUCCCAAAGUAUUAGGUAGACGAGACUCUCGAGGAGAUGGAUCAUCUAGUGAAAACACAUCAACUUCAGCAGCUGGAUCACCUAAGUCUACUCCAGAUGGUGGGCUGAGUGAUGGAUAUUCUCAUGUCUCCAAAACAGAUAAAGAUGCUCAUUUUAAGAAAAAUAUUCCUCCUUCUGCUGGAAAAAGAGACACAUGGAUGCGCCAGAGGCUUUUAAGACAAGGAAGUGGUGAUAGUGAUAGGGGUUAUCGCAGUGAUCAUGAAGUGUAUCUUGCCGAAAGAGAUCAGUAUGGUCAAGGCUAUCAUGAUGGUUAUGCAAGUGAUUGGGAAGCUUUCUUAGCAAAGCAGAAUUAUAACAAUCCUAACAAUGCUGAAAUCCAAGGUAAUCAACAAUACAUGAGACCUACAUUGCCUCAUGGAGAGCUGAGUUACCGUGGUCAUGCGGAAGGACAGGAAAUUAAGGCAGAUGGAGAAGUAGAUGGCUAUUCUUAUCCAUGGGAUUCAAGAUUUCAGUAUCCUGAUGAAAGUAAUUCAGUUCUGGUUGAUGAUGAGUAUUCAGCAAGAAUAUCUGCUUCCUGUGAAGGGUAUUGGCAAAUUGAUCCAGCAUCUGGUCAGUUUUAUCCAACAUAUGAUAUGAGUCAUUCAUAUCCUCCUGCUGCUGAUAAUGCAGCAUACCUGUAUGCUCGAAAUCAGAGAUCUGAGAUAGCACCAACUCAAUCGCAAUAUUAUGAAGAUAGUGAUGGUUACAAGCGGGCUACUCCUCAUUUCUGGACACAACGUAUGCCUAAUCCUGGAUCAGUUGCUUGUAACAGUACUGUAACAUUACCACGAAGACUUUCUACUCCUUCUCCUCGCUUGAAGCGAUCUCAGUGCUUGAGUGUACAGGCUCCUUUACAUGGUAGUCCACAAGAAUAUCAUCUCAUUCCUCAUCAGACAGGUAAUCUGCAUCCUCCUAUCCCCACUGGUUCACCUCGCCCUGGACGAUCUCCUUCUCCGGGUAUUGACAGAGUUACUGUUCAGUAUUCUCCUCAGCCUUAUCCAAAAUUUGCACCACAUUUUCAGACACCACCAUAUUCUCAGGGCUACCCAAUUACUACUCAGCCAAUGAAUACAAUACAUUUUCCUCCUCCGAUGCCAAAUGUACAUACUCAGUAUCAAGGAAAUUUCCCUACUCCAUCGCAAAUGUAUCCAACAAUGCCACCAUCCCCUCGCAUGAAACAAACUGCUCAUCAGUUUAUGAUGUCAACAGUUGAUGACUCUGCACUGAUAUCAAGGCCUUAUCCAAUGCUGCCCCCACCUAUAGUCCAUGGUUCUAAUUAUUACCCUCCCAGUGGACAGGGAAAUCUUAUGCCUAGUACAUCUUUAGAUCCAUAUAACCAAGCAUUACAAAGUACUGUCAACCAGGAUGUUUUCACUAAAACCCAAGAAACUGAGUAUGGAGUUAUGCCCUCAAGCAAUCUGCAGUAUCGCAGUGGAUCUAUUCCAGCCCACAUCCAAAAUAUUGAAAACUGUGAUGUGAAUGAUAUUCAGCACCUGAAUCGUUCUGUCCCAAGUAUUAACAUUAUUCCAAGUACAUCUCCUCCAACAUCUGCAUAUUUGACAUCAUCUGAAAAUUGGAGAGGUGAUCCUAAUAAAGAGGUUACUAAUAAUGCUAAAAUGGAACUAUCCUCAUCUCCCAAACUAAAAAGUCCUGAGGAUCGCACUUUUAAUCAUGUACCACCAGAGAGUAAUAAAACUUUAAUAUCAUCUGAAGAAAAGUCAAGGAAUGAAAUAGAGAAAGAGACUGUAAAUGCUACUGGUCCAUCAACCUCUUUACUGCAACACAAAACUGAUGAAAAUACCCCAAUAACUGUUCACAACUCGUAUACAGUUAUAGCUCCUAAACCUAGUAAAAUUAUUCCUCAGCAGAUUACUACUGAAUCAUGCAAUUCAGUAGCUAAUAACAAAGAAGUUAUAUUGUCUCACAAUACAAAUGAAAGGCCAUCUGUAUUUCGAAAACCAGGUUGCUUUCAAGCUGUGCCUGUGAACAUUCCAAGUGUACAUGCAACACUUCAAAGAAAAGAGUCCAGUGAAAGUGAAGCAAAACAAAUGCACAGUAAAGAAGAUUUGAAAUCAAAAUGCAAUAUUGUAAAAGAUUCAAAAGCAGAAAAUUCUGAAUCAGAUGAACCAAAACUUGUUUCUAAUAGUUCUGGUAUUCAUUGUCAAGACACAUUAACCAACAUAAACAGCACUAUUGCGCAAGGAACAAGUUCCGGCUUUGAAUCAAAAAAGCAGGCAGGUUUUGUUGGUGGAAUUGUUAAUUACAUUAAUAAAUCCUUAAAUGUUGAAAAUAAAACUUCAGAAGUGAAACAGAAAUCAGCAUUUCAGAAUGUGCAGCAAAUUCGGCCAUCUUCAGCUCCACCAGAAAUUGUCAGAAAGGAUAAUAAUAGAUCUGAAUUUUCAUCAAAAGUACUUACAAAACCUGGUUAUCCUGUUCAAGUGAAGUCUGGUCAGAACGAACAGUGUGUGACAGUUGAAAAUAAAGACCAACCUCCAGAGUUACCAAAAAAAGAAAAAAGUCUGAUAUCUAUGAGAAAUGUGGCUUUAAUACCUGAAAGAUCUAAUAUGAAUUCUUAUGAGCCAUCUAUAAAAAAUUAUAAAGAUGAAAAUUGUAAGUUGCCACCAGAAAACAUUUGCCAGCCAUCAAAUUUAAAUAAAAGUUUUCAGCAUCAUUCUUCUGCUUUAUCAGAUCAUGCAAAAGGCAAUCAUAUUCAAAAUGAAAUUGCCCGAGAAAAUUCUAAAAAUAUGAAAAUUACAAAUUAUAGUCUGGCAAAUAAAUUACCCAAACAGAAAGAACUGAGUACAGAAAAAUAUGCAUCUGAAGAGUCAAAAUGUUCGGUUGAAAAUAGUAAAUUGCGUUCUUCUGAUAAAAGAUUUCAGAAAGUAUUACCUCCUAUUGAUAAAAAUUUUCAAUUAAAACCUUGCAAUGCACGAAAGAGUUUCAGUCAAGGAGAGGGAAAUUCAAAAGACAAUGAUAAUCAGAUUUGUGCAGAGCAAAUAAACACCAAACAAGAUGAAAAUAAUAAAGUAUCAUCCGUUGCAGAGACAACACCACCAUCUAUACCACCCAAAACACAUUCAGUAUGUACUGAUUAUUCUUGUACAGAAAAGAAUAUUGCUCAUAUCCCACCUUCAUUACCACCAAAAAGGUCAUCAAUGGCAAUUCCCACUACAUCUGAUUCAACAUUACAAAAUUCAAAAGAAAGUUCUUUAUCAAAUGACAUUUUACAUAAACCUUUGGAAGAUGCAUCAAAAGCAAAACUUGUGUCCGAGAACACUGUGACAUUGAUAGAAAAUGAUUCAAAACAAAAUUCUGUGUUGCAAAUAGAUAUUAUUAAAAUGAAAGAUGUCAAUAAUGAAAAGAAUGAACAACUACAGAAAGAAAAUAUGCCUGAUCUAAUUAGUCGAAUUAUUCCCAAUGAAAAAAAAGAACUGAUUCUUGCAGAAAAUCAGGACAAAAUAAUAAAUAAAGAUGAAAUUGAGUUAGCAAAAGAUAUCAAUCCACACAGUGAACAAAUUGAAUCUAUUAAGUACAAAAACCCUGAAUCACCAAAACGGCAAUCUUGGUUUUUUGGAACACACAAAAAUUCAUUAGUUUUUCCUGUCAUUAUUUUAAAAAAUCCUGAACUGGGUUUCUCAAUAGAAGGUGGAAUAGGAUCUCCAAGAAAUCCAGGAAAACCUAGUGAUAAUGGCAUUUAUGUUGCUCAUGUUUUGGAAAAUGGCCCAGCAAGCAAUUUAUUGAGACCCGGGGACAAAAUAUUGCAGGUUGAUGGAAAUGAUUUCACACAGUUAGACCAUAAUAAAGCUGUAGCAGUACUUCAAGAAAGUGGGACUACAGUAUCAUUAAUGGUUUCCAGGGAAUGAAAAAUAUACAGUGUGUACUGUUCCAUAAGUCUAGGCAAAACUGAAAUUAUAUUGUGCCUUUGUGGAAUUUUGCACUUAGCUGCACACAACAUGACAUGGUGCUCUGGGAAUGUAGAAUAUAACCACGCAAAGAUGUUCAGUUACUCAAGAUACAGUAUUAUAUAGAGUUGUAUAAUUUACUUGUAAAUGAGACUGUUCAUUGCCAAAAUUUUCAAACAAAUUAAAGGUGUCUUAUAUAGUAAUAUAUUAUAUUGAAUGACAAAUGCUAAUAGGUGUAAUUUCCUUGAAUGGAAUGAUUGAAAGAAAGUUAAGAUUUAUAUGCAGAUGUAGUUUUUAUCUUUGACAUUUUCUGUAUUUUAUACCGAGUAACUUAUUUGCAAUGAUUUAAUUUUGAUUCUUAUACAAAUUUAUUAGGUCUGACGGGGAUGUACUUCAAAAUGACAAUAAAUUGCUGCUUAUAUGUACACAUAUAUGCAUUAAAUAUGAACGUAAAAUUAAAAUAACUUAUUGAGUAAAAGAACAUUUUGCAAUGAAAAUACAAAAGAAAAUAUGACCAAAAAGGGUAUUAGUGAUAUUGUUGAAUUUCUUCCGAACUAAUGAGAAGCAGAAUCUCCUAUUAAUGGUUGGAGAAUAUUGUUACAUUUUAAAAAAUUCUGCUCGUGUAAAUAUAUUUCUAACAUAGUGUAAAAUAGCUCGUAGAGAAAUUAUAAUGGCAAUGUCUCUAUGUUUAGAAAGUUGUUGGAUUUUUUAAAAUACAGUCUUUCAUUCGAAGUGUUUUUGGGUAUGUUUAAAUGCAUGGAUAUGUGUUUUCUUGUGAAAUUUAACUGUUGAUGUGCAGUGUGUCUGGUGCUAAUACAAUAGGAUGUGUUUUCAAGCUGUAAAUAUUUAUAUAUGCAUAACGUACACAUAACAUGCAUAAAUAUAUACAUACAAUAUAUAUUUAUAAUGAGAAAUUUGUAGUUUUACUGAUGGUAUAACUCAAGGAUUCUAGAAUUAACUAUGAAAAGUUUUUUAGAAGCAAAUGUGGGCAGUAUUUGCUUAUAGGCCGGUCAGGUUGCUCAAAAAAUAUGUAGCAAAGUGUUUACUUAAUGUGAAAACAAUCUCUUAAAGUUACACACAUGGUAAAAAGUACUAAUUUAGAAAUGCUGGCCUACAGUUUUUGCAGUUUCCUCAUAAUAAUCUUUCUGACUGUAGUUAAUUUUAUCAGUUUUAAUAGGCUAAAGGUUAUCAUUAUUCAGUUUAUGACGAGAUAUGUUUUGCCUGUUCUAAGGUUGUGUUUAAUUAAUCCCACUGAAAUAUGAACCAGAGCAUUGUUGUGUAAUUUCUGUCUAAAAUAUUCCAUUUUGUAAUAAUUUUCAAAUGUUUAUAGUAACAUUUUAAUAAUUUACUGUCAUGUUUAAAUAUUAUGUAGAUGGCAGUCAGAACUGAUAAUCUGAAGAACAUAAAGUUAGAUUUUACUGCUUCUUUCCUUUGUAUAUAUGAUAACAUAUUACUUUUCUGAAGCAUUUAAGCAUUAGUCUAGGAGAUCUAUUAAUUCUUUUGAAGUUCACAUACUAGCUGCAUUUAAUCUAGCAGUUUUAAUUAAACAUUUUUUGUGCAUUUGCAUUAUUUAUACUGUUUUAACUUAUAGUAUAUUAGUUACAGGAAAAUAGUAAAUAUUUAUUGAAAAGCCAUAAAGCUUUGUAGAAACAUAUUUACAUCUGCAGUAGAAUGCAAUAGAAUUUAUUUUGUUGCAGAAUUCCAUCAUUAAUUAACUUCUUAUGAACACUUUGAGAAAUAUAAAUUUUUAAUAUCUGAAUCAUCAUUAGGAACUGUUAUAUUUUUAUUGCAUUUCUAAUUUUUAAAAUUCAUUUCAAAUUUACAAAAUGAAGUCCUUUCAAUAAGUAAAAAAUGUUCAUUUGUAUUUUUAUUAGACAAGUUUGAUUUUAUUAAUUGAACUUAUUUUGAGAUAAGGUUUUCUAAAUAACAUAUAUAUGUUGUUAUGGAAAUAUAUAGCUUAUUAGAGGAUCAUUUUUAUUAUUAGGGUAGACUAAAUCGAGAAUUUAUACUAUUAAAAAAAUGUCACAGUGAACUUGAGAAUUGCAAAUUUCUAGAUUACAAUAGUCAAGCAUUAUCUGCUUGCUUAACCUACUUCUCAAAGUGUUGAUGAAAAGUAAUUUGGAGGGGGAGAUUUUUUUUAUAGUAUAUGUAUUUACUUUUUAACUGAAGCUACUUCUGAAAUUUUGAGGCAUAAUAUUAAAUAAUACAGUUUGUAAAUUCAGAUUUUCAUUGUACAGAACUUCCAUUAUAAAAGGAAGAAAUAUUUUUAAAGAUUACUGGGACUUGUGAAUAUUUGAAAUUAUAAUAAUUGAAAUUGUGUUUCAAAAUGCCAUAUCGAUGUUAUUAAUCAAAAGUAUUUAAUGUAUUAAAUUGUAGCAAUAUGCAUAUAAAACUCUACAGAAUGGGUAGUGUAAUAAACACUGAAUGAGAUAUAAAAUAUUGUCCAAUCUGGUAAAUUUAGAAAAAAAAAUCCUUUUUAUUGACAUUUAUUGCUUGUGACACUAAGAUAUUUUUAUUUAUUGUUUUGAUGCAUUGAAUUAUGUAUUAAAAUCAAUUUUAUUUUUUGAAGUUUUUUGUCCGAGGCUAUAUACGAGUUUCAGCAAGCACAAGUUUUAGAUUUCAUUCAAAACUUUAUAGAAUUUUACUGCUAUUUCAUGCUACUGAUUGAAUUUAAAAAAAACGAAAAAGUGAUUGCAGUAUGGAUAUUCAUCAUACAGAGACAGGAAAAUUUCUAGGCCUUAAAACUAAUACUUUAAGCAUUUACCUAUAAUUAAAAUUAUGAGUAAAUGUUCUGUGAUCGAAGUUUACUAGUCAUGUCUUUAAUAGUUCACUUUUUAUUUAGUUCUCUUUCCCAUUCACGUAUACUUAAAAAUUCAGCAUGCAUAUGUUAUUUUUCUGUUCAGUAUCAUUCUUUAGUUCUUUUAAAACAGCAUAUAAUAUCGAAUCCUUAAUUUUGAUUCCUUCCUGUAAAUUCUGCUUUCUUCGUAGAAGCCUGAUAUUUGACAGAAGAGUAUAAAAAGAAUAAGGAUAUUGCAUAAGUUGUUUCAAUCAAAAUUGUAAGGCAUCUUUUAUCUCUCAAAAUUUUAAAAUAAAUGAAAUUGUAUAUAAAAUUAAUAACAAAUAUAAAAAAUAAGUGUACUUAUUGUGUAAUUAUAUAGUAUUCACUUUAAAGAAUUAAAUGUUUGUAGAUAAAAUCAGCUCAUCAGUUUAAUUUCGUUAGAUAAAAUUUGUGUUCCUUCUUACUGACAGGUAAAGAGAUUUAGUAUGGAGUCUAUUAUAUAUUAAAAUUAUACUAAUUCUGAAGAUAUUCAUUAACUCUAUGUUGAAUUUUAUCCGACCUGUUAUUACAAAGCCACUACUUUUCAUUUUUUUACUCCUUAGACUGUUUACACUUGGUGGAAGUUAUAGUCAUCUAUUAUUGAAUCUGUCAUAUUUUGAUAAAAAAAAGAUGUAUAAUUCAUUUCAAAUGUUUUUCUUUCUCAAGUCGUGGUUUUAGUUCAAGUGCUCUUUUUUAAUAAGAGGCCAUUUACUUAUAGACAUAUUCUUCCCUUCACACCCCCCCCCCCGAUUGAAAAGGGAUCUGAUGAUCUUUAUGUUAACAAUUAACAAGGCCUGGGGAUGUCUAAUAGUUUGGGAUUUGCAUGUGCUAACCUUGCUUUAACCUACACCUGUGUGAGAGAUUGGGCAUUAAAUUUUAAUACAGAAACUAAAUACAAAAUAUGAUAUAUAUAUUUAAUCAAAAAAAAUUUUUAAAAAUUGCAAUUUUACUGUAAGGAAAGUAGCAUGCAUUCAAAAAUAUCCAUUUGUAUUUAAUGUUACCCAAACUGUUCGAGACUUUUUCUUCUGCAAUUGAGAAAAAAAAUGUGUGUAAAAAAGUUGGCAAAUAUUGCCAUGUUUUAGUUAUUUUAUAAAAUAAUUAAAGAUCAUAUCAUAGCCUCGUAGCCUGGUUUAACGUACAAUAACAUUUUAGUAAGGUAUUUUCAUUUACUAAUUAAGAUUGUGUAAUUAACAUUUCUUUGGCUUAAGAUUUUACUACUCUUUCCCUUUCACAAUUAAACUGCAUUGAUACUUAUUAAUAUUGUGCCAGUUUUCUUAUUAAGUGAAAUAAAAUACUUUGUAUUAACAUUUAUAUGGAGUAUAAGCAUGUGAGGAAUUCAAAAGCUUUGCUUUCAAAAAGCACCAUUUCUAAUGUAAAAAGAAAGCAUUGAAACUACUUAAAACAUACUUAUGUAUUGAUCUACGAAUGAACAAAGUAAGAUGCUAUGAAAAAUGCAUUUAAUUUGUGCAGUGUAUUUUUACUUAGUACAACCUUUUGUGUAGGUUUAGUAACAUAGAUUUUGCUGUUUGUUAAAAGUUUUGUAAAUUGAUGUAUUAAAAAAAAACUGUGUGUAAGAUCGAAUCUUCGUUUUAAGCUUAAUAAAAUUUUUAAUGCUGUUGUAUAAUUAUAGCAGGAAAGAAAAAUUUACUAUAAUGUUGACAUAUUUUAGAAACUUCUAUGAAUGUUAAAAAUUUCGUGUUGAACGAUAAGUUCUCUGGAUUGUGUCAGAACUGAAGUCAUAUUUAAAACAUUAUUCUUUAUUGAAGUUAUAAUACAUUACUAUUAACAUAUCAUUCUUGCUGUUGAGUAAAAAUAAUGAAAUGUGUACUAUCAUUCUUUAAAACGCUAUUUAUCAUAAAAGGCUGUAUUUUUGAGGAAAUGAUAUCAAGACUGCAUUUCAUAGAUAAUUAUUCGAGUGUUGCAAGGUACAGUACUGUAUGUGUGCAUAGUAAAUACAGACAAUUAUUUGAGUGAAAUAAAUUUAGAUGGAAAGUAAAUCACAAAUAUUAUAAAUUAGAUAUGAAAAUGAAUACUUUGGUUUGCUGAAUGAAUGAAAUACUGAUAUUUUUCCUUUCAAAAUCAGUCUUUUUCUUUUUUUUUUUUUUUUUUAAACUGGUUGUUAGUUUUAAGUUUGUUACUUAAAGUUCAGUUUAUUAGUUGUUAGUUCAGUUUAUUACUUAAAAGUUUUUUGACUAAGAUUGUUUUUCUUUUUAGACAUUCCUGAUAAAAAUAUUUUAUUCCAAAAUAUUUUUAAUCAUAGGAUAUCAUUACAUUCAUUAUAGAAAAUCAUUACAUCGAUUAACACAUAUCCAUCCAAGACUGCAAUAUCAUUAAUUUUCAUCUCAAUUACAUUGUCUAAAAUUUUUUUAUCCAUUUUACCAUAUGAAUCUUACAGAAAAAUUCUCUAUAAUUUUAUAUCAUUUUUCAUACCAAAUAGUAGUUUUUAAUUUAUUAUGAUUAUAGUUCAAGUAAAAAUAACUUGGUUACAAUUUCAACUGAGAUAACAGUGUGUUGAGUUACUACUUUACAUACAUUUUAUAUCUUAAAUUUGCAUGAUAAAAACUAUAAUUUGAGAAACUUUUUGAAUUAAAUUUUAAUAAUUGAUUUUUUUUUUUUAAUUUGUUACAGAGAUGUCUCUUCCCCUUCAUUACUUAAAUGAAUAACAAUUUUUCCAAAGUAUCAAUUAUUAUGAUAUUUUUAAACAAACUUACUUAGAUGUUUGAAGGGGAAGAAGGUAUCUUGUGGUUGUAUCUUUCAUUUAUGAUGACAUGAUGUCAUUUUCUCUUCAUCUAAUUAGGUGGACUAUAUUUUAUACAUUGCUCAUGUUAUAAAUAAUUAUUUUUAAUUUAGAUCCUACAGCCUUCAUGUUUUUCAUCUUAGAGAUUAAUAUUUGAAGUUGUAUCAUUUAAAGAUUUUAAUUGAAGUGUACUUGAUAUAUUAUGAUGCCAUAAAGCUCAACUUAACACGUAUAAGUUAAUUGUAUAUUUUCUAAUGUUUAGAUGAAAUAUUGUUUGAAAAUGUGUUUUACUGUACAGUUUUAAAAAAUUGUGAUUAAUUUAUCAGUUCAGAUUUUUCUUUUAUAUAUAUAUAUAUAUAUAUAUUUAUGUCUGUAAAGAAGAAAAAUCCUUUUUGUUAUUUCAAACUUAAAAUGUUUUGCAAGACCAAAGAUAACUGGUAUGUAAUCUCCUUUCAGAAGAGUCAUUUUGACUUAGUCUCUUUUUAUUUUAUCUUCUAUUUAACUAUUUAUUUAUUAUAUUUUUCCUUACACCUUUUUGUACAUUUUGUAUAAUUUUACAUUGUUUUUAACUGUUUGUACAAUUUACUACUUUAAUUAUGUGUAAAUACAAAAUGGCAUAUGUGUUCAUCUCA